GGAAUCAUGUUGUCAGAUCCCAUUGGGCACAGUCACUAUUGCUUUACUCCUCUUGCAAGUUACAUCAUCGAUACUCCAAAAGCCAUGAUGCUGGCUACUGUUGGCAGCAAAACUUCCCUGGUUAUUAUGGCCAUGUUCAAGCAAUUUGGCGACCCUUUCCAACACCAGCCUCAAACUAGUUCAACUAGACUCACACAAAUAGCUGUUGUCCAGAGAAAGGUCGAUUCCAAUGAUAUUAAAGCUUUCUUCAACAAAGUGCAAAAGUUUCAUUUAAAUGGUGUCGACAAACCUUUCUGGCAGGAUUGGCCCUUUGCUGACCCAUCACACUUCCUCACACCCGAAGAUCUCCAGCAUAUUCAUGAGAGUUUUACGAUCACAACGUUAAGUGGAUAUAUGUGUGGUUGGGGAAGCAGAAAUUGA